AACUGUAAACUCCACGCUGUGCAUAGCCGCCAGGAGCGGAGCGCAUCAGGUCUGUCAUCUGUGCGGCGUGCGAGUGUGCCGCCGGCGCCGAGAUGCUGCCGUCGCUGGCUUGCGCCGGCCGCGCUCCUCUCCGCCGCCUCGUCUCCACCACCUCCUCUCCCCGGGUCCUAUCGCCUCACGUCCCGUACGCCAUCAGCAGCCGCGGCGGCGGUAACCUCCCGCCUCUCCUCCUCCCGCUCUACGCUUGCUCCUCGCCGUCCCGCGACGGCGCGUGCGGCCCGGCGAGCGGCGCCCGGAGAGGAAUGAGCUUCUGCGCCCGCGCGGUGGACGUCGGGGACGAGACGCCCUCCAGCUCCGCUGCCGCGGGCUCCGACCUCUCCGCGCCUUACCUCUCCGUUCGCAUCAGGUGCCGCAAGCAGGACGCGGAAGUUCUCUCCGAGGCGCUCUUGUGCUUCGGUGCUAGCUCUGUGACUGUGGAUGACAUUGCCGAUGCUGGAAAUCUCGAUGAAAUCUCCAUAACCUCCAUAUAUGCCGAUGGGGAAGACGUGGACUCGAGCGUUUCAAGUGCCGCUAGCUCAGCUGGUUUGAACUACAGCGCAGUGUAUGAAACCUCUGUUGGGAAGCAGGGCGAUUGGGUGGCAACUGUGCAGGAAACAUACGAGUCCACUGAAGUGGCUGACGGUCUUUGGGUGGUUCCAAAAUGGAGAAGUCCCCCUGAUCCACAGGCCACAAAUAUAAUCAUCAAUCCAGGUUUGGCUUUUGGGACGGGGGAGCACCCGACAACUAAGCUGUGCCUUCUACUUCUACGGGAAGUUAUUAAAGGGGGUGAACAUGUCUUGGAUUAUGGAACAGGCACUGGAGUUUUGGGGAUUGCGGCUCUGAAGAUGGGUGCUGCUCUCGCUACUGGGAUAGACAUAGACCCUGAAGCUAUAACCUCUGCUUCUGAAAACUUGUUACUGAAUGGUUUACGUUCCAACCAAAUGCCUGUUUUCUUGGUACCAAUGAAUGCUCAGCCUUCAUCCUUCCCAAAUGCCGUUGACAAAUCAGAAGAGAACAAACUAAUCAAUAACCCUGACUUGAAGUCUUCCAGAGGAACAUACGAUGUAGUUGCAGCAAACAUACUUCUGAAUCCCUUACUGGAGCUGGUUGAGGACAUAGUUGGUUAUGCAAAACCUGGUGGAGUAGUUGCCAUUUCUGGAAUUUUAGAGGAGCAGGUGCCAAAAGUCAAAGACGUUUACUCAACAUACUUAUACAGCGUAUCGGUAUCUGAAAUGGAUGGAUGGGCCUGUCUUCAAGGAACGAGGAGAGUGUAGUGGCAAACUUUUUCUCUGCCACAGUCAAAGUGCGUUUGACCAUACAAUUUUCUGACCAUUAUGAGAGCCUUUCCUCCAGAAUUAGAAAUUUUUAUCCUAACUUCUUGACUCUUUUUGGUAGGAUUACUUGAAUAUCAGAGAUUGAAUGUUUUGGACGACAAUAGCGUGUCGAGUGUAUGUUCCCUAUGAUGGAUUAAAUAUGUUUGAAGUGAUAAUCAUACAACCUACAUUAUUCAUUGGUCAUGGCAUGCUUAAACAUUGUUGAUUUUUGCAUUGCCACACCAACUGUUGAGAUUGUAAGUUUGGUUGCCACCUCGCUGCUUGAGAAGUCCGAUUUUACUGUAUUUGACAGACUGAUAAGGCUUGAGAAGUCCUAUUCUACUGUAUUUGAUUGACUGAUAUAUCAAUUUCAGGGUUUGGGAAGUCCUAUCUUACUGUACUAGACUGACUGAUAUAUCAAUUCUUGGACUUGAGAAGUCCUAUAUUUUUA